AUCUCCCCAACCUGGCACCUCUCGACGGGACUUAUGGCACUGUUCGUUUUUUUUUUCUUACAAACUACAGCUAUUGCUAAUGUUACUAUUCAGUAAUGCACGAACAGAACACAAGUGUAUUCUCAGAUCGCUUUAUUUUGAAUUGGAGUGGUAACACUUAAAGGCGCUAAAUUAUUUUUUCCUCAGUAUCUCUCUCUGCACAGCAACCCAUCGAUACGACUAGAUGUCUGAAGUAUGAGCUUUCUUUUUCACUUGCAACUAAGAAAAAGGCAAUAUUAGAAUUUAAAAGAUUUUCUAGCGGUGUUUUCUGCUUUCGCUUUCGAAUUGUGCUACUGCCAAAACGACUUCCGACGCUGCAAAGACUGAGAAGUCACCUGCAGUUCGGCUUCUCCACUAUCCUGAAGCCAGAAAGUCCUGGGCCAAAUUCCAAAGUCCAAAUUAAGACUUUUCCCUGCUGCUCAUGGCUAGCAACACACUGUCGAUGUCUGCCCCCGUGUGCCUUGUUGAAAAUGGAGAAGAUGGAAAGCUUCAUGUCAACAGACAGUCUCUGGAGCUUUUGGGGAAGAUUGAACAGCAAGUAGUUGUGGUGUCAGUAGUGGGAUUAUACCGCACUGGCAAAUCCUACCUCAUGAACAAACUGGCAGGAACGAAAAAGGGAUUUUCCCUGGGGUCCACCAUACAGUCCCACACCAAGGGCAUCUGGAUGUGGUGCGUCCCUCACCCCAAUAAGCCUGACCACACCCUGGUGCUGCUGGACACCGAGGGGUUGGGGGAUGUGGAGAAGGGAGAUGAGAAGAACGACAACUGGAUCUUUUCUCUUGCUGUCCUUCUAAGCAGCACACUGGUCUACAACAGUACAGGGACCAUCAACAACAACGCCUUGCAGCAGCUGCACUAUGUCACUGAACUGACUGAACACAUUAGAGUAAAGUCCCAUACAAGGAAUGAGGAGGACAACUCGGCUGAGUUUGCUCGUUUCUUCCCUUCUUUUGUGUGGACUGUGCGAGAUUUCACCCUGGAGCUGGCGAUUGAUGGGAAAGUGGUUACAGCUGAUCAGUAUCUGGACAAUGCUCUAAAGCUGAGGCCAGGCACUGACAAAAAAUCUCAAGAGUACAAUUUGCCCCGUGAGUGCAUCCGAAAUUACUUCCCAUCCCGCAAGUGCUUUGUGUUCACGCGCCCCACCACCCCUGAGAAAAUGAGACUGAUGGAGGAGCUGAGCGACACUGACCUAGACCCCUGCUUUGUGCAGCAGGCCAAGGACUUCUGCCAUUAUGUCUUCACCAGUGCCCAGACCAAAACCAUGAAAGGGGGCUACACAGUCACUGGCAGAUUGCUGGGGAGCCUGGCGGAGACCUAUGUGGAGGCCAUCCGCAGUGGCCAGAUUCCCUGCCUCGACAACGCAGUCUUGGCUUUGGCAGAGAUCCAGAACACCACCGCUCUGAAACAAGCCGUCUCCUACUACGUGAAUGAGAUGAACGAGUGGGUCGCAUACCCCACUGAGACUCAGGAGGAGCUGUCCCAGCUGCAUGGUCAGUUUGAGAAGAAGGCCGUGAAGAUGUUCAUCAACCACUCCUUCAAAGAUGAAGACCAGAAGUAUCAGAUUGAACUUAUGAAAUCCCUUCAGAAUGAAUACGAGUCAUUAUGCAUGAAGAAUGAAGAGGCAUCGCGCAAGGCUUGCAGUGAUAUCAUCGAUGAAGUAUUCCAAAUAGUAGAGGAGAACCUGAGCGCCGGGUCCUACAUGGUUGCUGGAGGCUAUAAAAAGUUCAAGACCGACAUGGAUGUAUAUAUUAGUAUAUACAUGGCAAUGCCAAAUAAAGGCAUUAAGGCGGAAGAAGUCCUGAAGGAGUACCUGGCACCUAAAGAGAGCAUUGGAAGAGCCAUACUGGCAGCAGACAAAUCCCUCUCUGAGGCAGAAAGGAGGAUUGAAGAGGAGUGGGCAAGGUCUGCAGCUGCAGAACGGGAUAGGAGGGCAGAGGAGGAGAAAAAAUGGGUCCUUCAGAGGCAGAUACAGGACCAAGAGAGGACCUACAGAGAAAACAUGGAGCAACUGCUGGCCAAGAUGGAACAAGACAGGAAAAACCUUCUGAAGGAGCAAGACAAAGUUCUGGAGGCUAAGCUGAAGGAACAGAGGGACCUUUUGGAACAAGGCUUCAGAGACCGAGCAGAUAGAAUGAAUGCUGACAUCACAUCUCUGAAGCGGGAGAAGGAGGAGACGAAAUCUAAAUCCCAGUCAAUUGUUAGCACUGUUGUGGAAACUGUUGGUAAUGUGGCUUCCUUGUUCUUACCAGGUAUUGUUGGGAAAGCAGUGGGGAUAGGUUCUCGGCUCCUUUCACGUUUUUUUUAAAUGGUAACAGAACUCUUAUCCUUAAUAUUUGGAUCUAUAUAGUUCCAACCACUGAAUCUUAGGCUUGUUAGUUGUUGCCUCUUUAAUUUUAUAUACACAAAUAGUAUAUAUAAGUCAAAAGCAUCAAGAGAAAAUUUAUGCAUUGCUAGUCUUGGUCACCCUAAUCGCUGUAAUCAAGCCAGCAAGAUUAUGUGAAUGUCCACUUGCUGUAGCCUGAGUUAUAUUCCUAGAACUAUUUUUUACGUUGCUGAAUUAUUGUUUCAUAUUUACCUGCAUUAUGGCUUCAUGGGCAACAAUAGAAAACAGCACUGUAGCACUGAAGGGGCUUAUGUAUUUUUUUAAUCUUAUUUUAUUCUUUAUCAUUUGGAGAGAUCCACUUCAAACAUGUUAAGUGAAAUCCCAAAACCUAAUGAGUUAAGCAGUGUUUUGGGCCUUGGACUUUGUAAACCCAGGAUUGCCUUCUAGUGUGCAACUAAAUGAGCCUUAUGUUAUUAAAAACCUACACAAUUAAAUAUUUUUGCAAAUAUUAUCUUUUUAUUUACUGUGCAACAACAUCUAUACUGGCUAUAUUACAAAGGAGAGGUUUUUCACAAACACAGCUAACAUUUGUUAUGUGAGUCUUUUCAGUUUGACUUUACAUGUGAAGAAUGGCACCUCUUACAGCAGAGCUCUCUGAGUGUCCCAGAGAGAAGAGCACUACCUAUAGAUCCACCAAGACCAUUUACAGCAGCAGCUGUCUCCCAGCCCACAAGUGACCAGCCUUGCUAAGUUUCUCAAUUCUGAUAAGAACAGUAUAGAAGGUUGUAAUGUGACAAAAAUACUUCUUUAAUUACCUCAUCUGACAUACUGCAUACAUGAAUUGCAAAAAUUAAGUCCAGAUCUAAGCAUAGUUAUAAACUAUACAAAAACCAGUCAACACACUCAGAGAAUAAUAUGAGAUGUGGUGGUCUGAAGUGCAAAACACCACACCACAAUUUCAAACUGGAAAUUAGCUCCUGGAGAAUGAGAGGAACAGGGACUCACCCUGCGGGUAGGGCUAGUCUCAAUGUGCUACUGUACACUUCCUGCCACAGUUCAGCAGCACAGUGAUUGACAUAUGACAUAAAUAUAGCCAUGCCUUCCAGUUUGGAGUUAAUGUGGUUGUGUUUUUUUAAUAUGUUGAUUUAUUUGGUAUCAUGCAAUCAAUUAAAAAAUAUAUUUUCAA